UCGCGAAGCUCUCACGGUGCUUACUCCUUCAGUUUAGCGGGCAAACCGGCAUAACGCACUCGCGUACGAGUUACUCCCACGUCUUUGGCGGGAAUCGCGACGUAAUUCGUAACAUACAAUACAUUUAUCGAACUUUAUCCGAGUGUUCGUGAACGAUGUAUAGAAUCAGUCCCCCUACGCUCUAUCAAUGGUUCGCUGUUGUAAAUAUUUUGAUAGUAGUAGCCAACGGGUCGUCGUUGGGCACAAACUGUCGGUCCAACGCAGACUGCAGCACAACAAACGCACAGUGCACACGAGGAGUGUGCGUUUGUCAGCCGUACUACGCACAGAUCGACGACAACACGUGCCUUCAAUCAACUCUUCUCGGGUCAGAAUGCGUGGUGUCAGAGCAGUGCACACUGAAGGUUGCUUACAGCGCUUGUUUGGAUAACGUUUGUCGAUGUUCAGACGGGCAUUUACAGUUCAGAAAACAUACGUGCCUCUCUCCUGCCCCGCCUGGCCAUGUAUGUUACAGUAACGAACAUUGUCGUUUGUUUGAUAAAGAAAGUCACUGUGAAUUUGUAAUACCAAAUCUAUUUGGAAGAUGCGCCUGUAAUCCAUUUUUCAAGCAAUCAGGAGAUAAGUGUAUAGCGCAAAAAUCAACGUCAUAUGCCACAGAAGCUGUUAUUGUCGAGCAAGAAACAGUUGUCGGUUCAACUAAAGAAAUUUUGGUAAAACAGCAGUUACCUUUAAAACCGUCUCUCCCACCAAGUAAUCCUGAAUCUGAAGAGAACCUCAAAAAAUAUGAUCCACUAAUCGAUAAAGAAGACAUAAAACCUAGUAACCUGCCUUUGUUUACAAGUAAAAAUGAUGUGCUCAGUACUCAAGAAGACAGUCCACUUAUGCAAGCUGUCAUGAAAGUUCCAACAGCCGAGCCAAGUAAACGAUUACCUGUAUCAAACAGAAAAGAUGGUGAACCAAAUGAAUUAAUUAGAGUUGAUGAAAUGACAGCAAACUUGCACGCUAACGAUCAACCGAUUUAUAGGGUUGUAACACAACCAACUGUAGAACGGAAAUCAAAUAAGAAAGGAUCAUCAAAAGAACAAAUAAGUAGCAAAUCUAAAGGUGGUCAUCAAAAAAAAUCUUCUUUAAAAGAUAAAAAUCGUAUUCGGGUCGAUGCUGUAUCACCGUCUGACUUGGGGCCGGCGUCUCUGGGGAUGCCCUGUUUCACAGACAAUCAGUGUCACAUGGUGGAUCCAAACACGCGAUGUCUGAAUAAACGAUGCGAUUGCGCGUAUCGAACCAAUUCCACCUCAGCGUGCUCGGCGCGAAACAGAGGAUGUUUACCAGGAACAUUCCAAUGUCGUUCAACUGGUGCGUGCAUCAGUUGGUACUUCGUCUGCGACGGCCGCAAGGACUGCCCGGAUGGUUCCGACGAGAAAUGUCAAGGUACUGGUAGAGAUGGUACAGGAGAACGUUGUCCAAUGCACGCGUUCCGAUGUGGAGGCCCCGGGUCGCCGUGCGUGUCCCGGGCGUCCAGGUGUGAUGGCAAGGUGCAGUGUCCCGGCGGGGAAGACGAGAGGAACUGCAGAGCUACUAAACGGAGAGGUUGUCCGCGACACACAUUCCGCUGCGGGUCGGGCGAGUGCCUCCCCGAGUACGAGUUUUGCAACGCCAUCAUCUCUUGCAAGGACGCCUCGGACGAGCCGCCGCAUCUGUGCAACGAGCAAUCGAGAUGGCGGGCAGCUGACUUCUGCCCAUUGAGGUGUGGCAACGGUCGGUGCCGAAGUACGGCGGUGGCGUGUUCUGGUCGAGACGGGUGUGGUGAUAACAGCGACGAGAUCGCUUGCUCAGUUUGCAGGUGUCCUUUCCCUCCGAAGCUGCCGUGAGAUUUUUGAAGAUUAAUUUGAAGGAAUUCCCGUUCAGAUCUCACCGCACACCGUAUGCCCGCGUGGAAAACUUGUUAACUGCCAAGACUACAAUAUAAUUUAUUUUGUUUUAUAGUCUUACAAUGACAACUAGAUAUCCGUCGGAUACCUACCUAUCGUUAAAAUCAUAUAGAUAUAAUAAUAAAUAGAAAUGGCGUGUAAGUACGCAUGAAUUUUCCGUAACAUGUGAAAUUGCUUCUUCUAAAUUAAAUAAAACGCACACGUAAACAUCUGUAGCGUGCCUUUGUAUAAAUAAUCGGUGAACAUACAUAAAAACAAGUUUCCGACGAAUUGGGAACCUACACCUUUUUUGAAGUCGGUUAAAAAAAGUCUCACAUUGCUGUUUCCAAACUCGAUCCAUAUUUACAUCAGCAAUACUGUAAUAAUCACGCCACUUCUAUUAAAAAUUCUAUGGACUAAAUAGGGAAUCAUAGAUCCAAAAAUAAAUUAGACACCUUAGAUUAUUAUGAUCUAAAUUAGGCACCAAUUUAUUCAUGUACUGUUUCUAAAUACAUUGAAAUAUUUAAAUAAAUCCACCUAUCAUAUAAAUGCCUUCGUAAAUAGGGUUUAGUCAGUCAGUGAAGUAGUUCAUUUAUAGUUAAUAAUCUUUAUUAUUAGUACAACGAAAUGAAAUCUACAAAGUUAGCUGUAAUAAAACCGUAGAUGAAUUUGUAUGCAAUCACCUAUAGCAAGUUCGUUAAUGACACUCCCAUGAUAUGCGGGCGACGGGGGAAAAGGCCUGCGCGGGUGUGAGGCGUGCGCGCGCGGCAGAGGGAAGGACUGCGCGGGUAUGAAGUCGUGCGCGCGGGGAUUGCUACCCCUUCCCGGCCCGCGCGCAUCAUCGGGAGUGUUUCGAACGAAUUUGCCACGCUAUCUAUACCUACAACAUCUAAAGAAAUAAAGUCCUUUAUAUUAGUAGCGACAGUUUUGAUUGUACCACGAUUAAAAAUACAUACAUAAAUACUUUUAUUAGUAUCUAGGACCUAGGUAAUAUAGAAAACUUCAACUGCAGUGCUAACUAUUUUUCUAUCUUAUUUAUAAACAUAGAACAUAUUAGAUGAUAAGUCACACUACCACUUCAUUGAAGCUACGGCUUCGCUCGGUCCUAGGGCUCCUCUAAACCACAAGUAGUUCGGUAGUCGGUACUCCAAGUUGUUCUAGCCCGCGAGUUCAAUUCUGGCAAAGCUUCUACGCUCGCCCAAAGAGCUGAUUAGAAAAAAAAACUACUCGUAGCGUUGCCCAUUAAAAAUAACCGUUCAAACUACAAGUUACUUUAGUAGAAAAUGUAAUUUUUUUUGUGAUACCAAGUGCGUAAUUGCAAAGUGUCACUGUGAAUAUUAUCUUUAAUUUUUUUUUUAUCAUUAAUAAAUUAAUAAAUAAUAGAUGAAGGUAUAUAUUUCUAAUACCGGAUCUUAGACCAUACAGGUCGUGAAAUGCGAUUGAAUGAAUGUCUUCACGUUCGCGAUGCGCACCUUUUUCCGAAUAUUGUUGGUUUUUUUUCGCCCAAGGCAAAGAAUUCGCGUUACGUUCACUACACUUAUUUGUGACAUUGCCAACCCUAUCCAUUUUCAUUGAGAUGGUGAAACAACUGCGAAUCGCAAUUCGCGACGUGAUUUCAGGGCGUAAAACUGCGUCUAAGUAGAGUGCGCAUUAGGUUUUUGUGGUUUUUUUUUAUCUUUACCUUAGAUCUAAUAUUAUACCUACAAUAUCUUUCCUUAGUGUUUUUCUCUUCACAGCCCGCCGCUCCCAAUAUAAAGUAUCACUAAUAUCUACUUUAUUACUCAUUUAUACUUAACAGAGUUUCAUAAGUAAUUAUUAUUUGUAAGUCGAAGGAAUAAGACUGAACCAACUCUUGGCAACAAUUACUUUCCGAAUUCUGUACCUAUGUAUUUUUUAACUUUAUUAGCUAUCUAUAAAAGUGUCUUGCAUUUAAAAUAUAGGUACUUACCUAUCUAGUUCAUAAGUUAAUUUACCUUUAUUAUUAAUUGUACAUAAUUUAUUUAAAAACAUUAAUUGUCGGACUUUAAAUUAUUACAUUUACAAUUAGGAAAACAUUUAUUUAAAUAAGAUAUUUAACUAUGUGAGUAUUAAUAUGCCAGUAUUUAACUUCUUAUUAGGAACAAUUCACACAGAAAUCCGUUAGCGAAUAACGCAUUUCUUUCAUAAAAAAAUACGCACCUGUGAAUCAUGUAAGCUUUUAGUAAAAAUUAAGUUUGAAAUAUAUUGGGCUUUAAGAGCUAUAGAGCAUUUUAUACUUGCCUACCUAAUUUAUUUUCUAAUUUUCAAUAUGCUAGCAAUUAGCUUGCAAUUCACUUUGUUUAAACAUUUAAGAUUAUAUUUUUUGGUAAUAGGUAGGUUUGGUAGUUUUGGACAAAGGUACGUAGAAUACUUUGUUAUUGUCAUGAAAAAAAAUAGCCUCACCUAUAUUUCUUCAUAUAAAACCUAAGUAGAGCUUAUGCGAGAGUGAAUUAAUGUAGUUUAAUUUAUUGUAAAAUAUUACAGUAUGAUUGUGUGUGAAUGUGAAUAAAUAAAUAUAUUUAUAAACAGUAAAUAAAUUAUUUAAAGAUAAGAA